ACCUUAUUGAUUUGAAAAAAACCAACAAAAAAUGGUGGGAAAGAGGGGAAAACGAGUAAAGUUGACCCAAUAAAAAAAAGGAGGCUUAAUUAUUUGUAUAAUUUUCCGUAAGACAGGGCCAAAUUCAGAAAGUGUGACAGAGGUUUUUACAAAAAGGAAAGCUGAUUAACCGCAGAACCCUCUCUCUCUCUCUCCUCUCUCUUUCCUCUGAGAAUUGAUUGAAGAAGAGCUUCACUUUCUAUCUCCAAUUUGAAUGACAAAUGCUUCUUCAAUCACUCCUUUCCAACUGAUUUUGGAAAUUAUUUCAGGUUAAAUUCUCAAUAGCACAUUUCCCCUUUAUUGGAUCUUGUUCUCUCUAGGAUAGCAAGUUGAAAGAAAUGGCUACUUCAUCGGUAUCUUCAAAGAGUCCUUUUAAAGGAUCAGAUUCAAGAAAAUCAAGUUCUUGGUGGUGGGAAAGUCAUGUUGGAAGGAACACAAAAUGGCUUGCUGAAAAUUUAGAGGAGAUGGAGCAACAUUACAAACGUAUGCAAAAGUUGAUUGAAGGGGAUGGAGACUCGUUAGCAAAGAAGGCUGACAUGUAUUAUCAGAAGAGGCCUGAAUUACUAUCUCAUGUAGAAGAGUUCUACCGGAUGUACAAGUCACUUGCUGAGCGUUAUGAACAUUUGACUGGAGAAGUGCGGAAGAACAUUCCGACUGACCUACAAUCUCAGGGGUCCAUUGGAUCAGAUGCCAGUGCUGAUGUGACUUCUAUAUGGUCCCCUCAGGAUCAAAAGUUUAUUCAUCGGAAAUCUGGUCCUCGAGCUGCUGGCUUUGACUUUUUUCUUGGUCCUAAGAAAAGUAGCAACGAUCGAUCUGCAAAAGGAGAUGAAACACCUUCAGUGUCAGACUCUGAGACAGAAUUUUCAGAAUCUGAUGUGUCCUCUUUAUACAGCUAUACUGGAAUAUCAGUGAACACUGGUGAAGAGGAGGUGCAGUCAAGGCCUUUGGAAUCAGAAACUGAGAGUUGUGAUGUGGAUAAGAUGCAGGUGCAGCAGCAUGAGAGUCGUAAUGGAUCCUUGAGGAAAAUCAGUAGUGGCAAUUUUGAUGAUGUGCAUUCUAAGAUUGCAGAUUAUGAAGACGAGUUGAAAAUGGCAAGGCUUAAAAUCUACCAAUCAGAAGAAGAAAUUGCUAACUUGAAAAUAGAACUCCUGAAAUUCACCAGCAAUUCGCUAAAUGAGUAUCCUGGGUUGGAAAAUAGUGUUUCCACUGAAAAGUUUGAUCAGGAAAUGGGUGAAAGUAAUGUGCUAGAAGUAGAUGUUUCUCAACCUGAACAAAAGAUCCGGACACUAUCUGAAGAGUUGAGAAUCACAAAGGGGAGACUUCAAGCUUUAGACAAAGAGAUGGCACAUUUAAGAAAAGAGAACAAGGAUUCUUCUGACAACAUACGGAAAAUGCAGGAUCUGCUUAAAAUGGCUCAGAAGGAAGCUGCUACAUGGAAAGCGAAGAUUGAAUCUGAGAAACGACAGGCAGCCAAGUUGCAAGAAAGGAUUGCAAGGUACAAAACUAGUUUAACAGAUCGAGAAAAUGAGGUCCGGGAUUUGAAAGAAGUGAUCUCUGAUGCUAAUCGUAAGUAUCAGCUCCAUGCUGAAAUAACUAGAUUGACUGACGAAAAGACUCGCUUGGAAGAGAAGCUUAGGGAAUGGGAAAUGAAUUGUCAUUCUCUGGAAACCCAGCAUGGGGCACUGGAGAAAAAAUUAAAUGAUGAAAUUGAACACCUGAAAGCGGAUAUUACUGAUAAGACACAUAGACUAGAAAUGCUGGAAAGUGACCUUGAUGCAUACAAGCUAAAAUAUGAAAAUCUAUCAAGUGAAAAAGAUGAGCUCAGCACUGAACUGAAUGCAAGAAAUGACCUAAUUGCUGAAAUGGAAAAGCGUCUGCAACAGCUGGUUGCUGAAAAGGACGAAACAAGUAUAGUGGUGCAGGAGUUAAAUUCAAAAGUUGAGGAACUGCGAGAAGAGAUUGAGAGACAGAAAGCCUCGAUGUUGGAAACCGCUGAAGGAAAAAGAGAGGCAAUCAGGCAGCUAUGUUUCUCCCUUGAGCAUUACAGAAAUAAUUACCAGCACCUUCGACAAACUUUCACUGGGUUCAAGCAGCUUCAUGCUUUUGCAUCUUAAUAUUUUUUGCUUUCCUGGAUAGAGAGAUGUGAAGACCUCAUUUUUCCUGAGGGUUUGCAUAUAGAUCUAUAAGAUGGAUUUCCAUUUCUUCAUUGAUUUUUGUACAUAUAUCAUCAAGGAAUCGGUUUUGGUUUUCUUCUUGUUCCUUUCUUGUUGGGUUUGAAGAAUCAGAACUUGCCAUGAGCAUGCUCACUUGUUAGGUUAGUCAUGGCCGGCGUGCUGACCGUCCUCUUGAUGGAACUCAGUUUAGCGAUGGACACUUAAGGAAAAACAGCAGCUUUUACUCAUUUAACUAUAUAAGGAUGUUUCCACCCUUUGUACUCUGAAUAUCUGAGAGGUGAAGUGGAGCUGUGCAGGUCCAUACCCACCGAUGGAGGCUGUAGAACUGGUCUCGUUCGUUUGGAGCCUCGGCUAUAUAAUUUGACAAUAACCUUAUUGCUGCGCAUUGAACAUCAACACUGUAUAAUUUCAUCUACUUUCUUUGGUUUGCUCUUGUUUUUAAACAGAGGUACUUUGUUGUAUGAGAUUGAUGUACCUUGCAUUGUAAAAAAAAAAAAAUGUUUAUGAACGUUGACAUAACAUGAAUAGAAAUGGUUCGCGCAUGGUGCCCUGCCGUGCAUCUUCCCUA